CUAUUCUAUGGUUUCCUUUUUUUUCAGUCACUUUUCCUGUAAAAAUAAAACGACUCUCAGUACCACGUUGGGUUCGGAAUGGAACGGAUCACGUGAUUCUUGACUGUGAGUAUAGUUAUACUGUCAGUGAUGUCCGUCUUGUUGUUAAAUGGUUCUUCAAAGACCAAUUAGAGCCAGUCUACCAGUGGAUUCCUGGAUUGGAGAAACGACAUGUGUCUGGAAUUUUGUUAGGUAGACUCAACUUCAAUUUUUCUGUUGAUCCAAGUGACCGUUACUCUCGGUACCGCGCUCUUUAUAUUCUCAAACCCACUUUAGAAAUAAGUGGGAAAUAUACAUGUGUGGUUACGUCGCUCGCUAGUCAAGAUCUUCGUCAUAAAGAGAUGCUAGUUUAUGCUCCAGCAAAGAAUUUUUCCGUAUCCCACAGCAAAGUAGCAACUUCAGAAACAGAUAUAUUUUGCGAAGCAACUGGUUUAUAUCCUCGCCCAGAGAUAUCUCUCAGUGUUAUUCUACCAGAUCUUCAAAAACACACGGUGUUACAGGGAACUAAGAAGCAAGUAAAGCUUACAAAUGGGAGCUACUCCAUAUUGCUUGCAAGAAGAUUUAGUGAAAGAGAUUUAGCCAAAGCGAACGUUCUUAUUCUAGAGUGCAAAGUCUACAUUCCAGGAACAAAUUACAAAGUAACGAGAGAAAUUUCCUUUUAUACAGGCCUUUCUGAUGUGAACAGAGGUACUUCAAGGAAUUUCUAUUUCACGUGUUUUCUUCUGUUUCUUGCUGUGCUUACUUUGACAUCCUAACAUAUCACAUUUCAUUGAAAAACCUUAAGAUCUUUCUGAAACGAAGCAUCGUCGAGGGGUAAUUUAUAAAUUCCAAGAAAAUCUACUAAUAUGGAUAACGAAUUUUGUUUUCUUUGUUAUUACCAACUAUUUUGAACAUUUGCAAAAGUAUGCUUAUAGUCUCAGUUAUCAAAUAAAUAAAUAAUUUUGAUUUCAGAUAUAUCCGCGUUAGUUGUUUGGGUAAAGCAAAGUCCAAAUAAAACAUGUACGUCUGUUUAAAGGUUUGUCUUGUUCUAGAUGUAAGUGUAUGUACAACAUUAUGUGUAUUAUUUAAAUGUGUAUAAUAAAAGUAUGUAUCAAAUUUA